AUGGCAAAUGAUCCACUGGAUGAAUUAACUCAAUUUCUAAAACCAGACUCCAGAAUCGACCUGAAACAUAUUUCACUUGACCAUUUAUUAGGAUUAUCUGGAACAGAAGAAGGUAUUAAUAUUUUAUUAAAGAAAGAGGAAAUACUUAAAUGUAUUAUUGAUUUAACCAACGAUAAAGUCGAGGAGAUAAGCAAAAAUGCGCUUCUAUUGCUGGUAAAUAUCACGGCAAACUCGAAAGGCGUAUUGGAGGUAAUAAAAUACAAACCUGGUGGUAAAACAAAUAUUAUAGAACUUUUUAUAGGUUAUGUCCAAGACCAACAUAAAAAAAACGCUGAUGCUGUCUGCAUGAUACUUUCAAAUAUAACCCGGGUAGAUAAGGCACUAGAGAUAACAAUAGACACAUUUUUACCUCACUUAAAUGGUAUAUUAAACGCUUUCGUGAACUUAGACUACAACAAAACAGGUUCUAAUUUAAAUUAUCUCGCUCCUCUGUGUAGCAACUUAAGUUGUAACCCUCGUGUAAGAAAGUGGCUGUUGAAAACAAACCAGCCUGUUCCAUUAAUACAACUUCUCCCUUUCUGUAAUUUCAACAUUUCUAGUAUCAGAAGAGGAGGUGCCAUUGGUAUUAUACGAAAUAUUUCAUUGGAUACUUCAUAUCAUGAAUGCUUACUAUCAACUGAGUUGGAUUUGUUAACCUACCUAUUAACACCUAUAAUUGGUAAUGAAGAGUACUCAGAUGAUGAAAUGGAUUCCCUUCCAAUUACUUUACAGUAUUUACCUACUGAAAAACAACGAGAUCCAGAUAUUGAUAUACGCAAAAUGGUUUUAGAAACACUAAAUCUCCUUUGUGCUACAAAGUGUGGGAGAGAAAUUUUAAGAAAUAAUGGAGUAUAUUAUGUGUUACGGGAAUACCAUAAGUGGGAAAAGGACCCAAAAACAAGGCUUGCAUGUGAAAAUGUUGUGGAUAUUUUAAUUCAAAAGGAAGAGGAAGUAGGAGCAGAUGAUUUAUCUAAGGUGGAAGUACCAGCCACAUAUGAUGACAAGUUUCAAAAAAUGGAUGAAGAUUAUGUAAAUAGUGGAUGA